AUGGCUUCUCAUGUUCUUGAAAAGUUUCAGUGUUUCGUCUUGUUACUAUGGCUGCAAUUAGCAUCUCAAGAAAAAAUGGUCGCUGCUUCCAGACAAAUAGCCAAACCUGGUUGCCAAGAUACGUGCGAGGAUGUUAGCAUACCCUACCCGUUCGGUAUCAGUGAUGGUUGUUUCAUCGAAGAAGCGUUCGAAAUAAAGUGCAACAACAGUAUGAAUCCCCUAAAACCAAUGUCUGGUGGCCUCAAUGUCUUGAAUAUAUCAAUAUUCGCCGGGGAGAUGACAGCAGAAGUCUAUAUAGCCAAUGAUUGUUCCGAUAAUAGGGAAAGAUAUGAAGCGCGUGCCAACUUGAGAAAAUUCACCUUCUCCGAAACAAAAAACAAGUUCAUUGCUAUUGGUUGCAACACCUUGGCAUUAUUUUUCCUAAGAAGUGAUCUAUCUAUUGGUACGGGUUGCUCGUCCUUCUGUAAUAAAGUGGAUGAUACCAUUAAUGGGUCCUGCUCUGGUAUUGGUUGUUGUGAGAUCGCCGUUCCAUCUGGACUAUCAGCAUAUGCUGCGACAGUUGAUAUUGUAAAUAGAAGUACGAGUCUUAGUUUCAAUCCAUGUAGCUAUUCUUUUUUAGUUGAAGACAGUUCGUUUAAGUUUUCUUCCUCAUAUCUCAAAGAUUUCAAAAGUAGUGGAACCGAAACUCUUCCAGCCGUGGUGGAUUGGACUAUCGGCAAUGAGACAUGCGAUGCCGUAGUGAAUUCGAUGAGUUAUGCUUGUGGACCUAAUAGUGCUUGUAUCAAUAGUACUAUCCCAGGAUAUCGCUGUAAAUGUUUAAAAGGCUAUGAAGGGAACCCUUAUCUCAACGAUAUUGAUGAAUGCCAUGAUAAUCCAUGCAAAGGAAAAGGAUCAGGAAGUACAUGCAUAAAUACUAUGGGGAGCUACAACUGCUCUUGCAAAUAUGGAUAUCGUUCUCAAUUCAACGAUGAUGGUACCUUCGAAUAUUGCCUUCUUCCUGAGAGUAAACUCAACAAGAUUGUUGUUGGUGGCUGCCUAGGUUUAUCUCUUCUGCUCGGGACUUGCUUUGGGCUGUACUGGGCAUAUAGAAAAAGAAAGCACAUGAAACUAAAGGAGGAGCUGUAUAAACAAAAUGGUGGGUUGUUUCUGGAUCGUCUACUUAAAGAACGCGAAGAAGAUACCGAGACUAGUACAGAUAGCAGUGGAGGGAAAAAGGGGAGAUCAAUUGUCACAAUAUACACCGAGAAAGAGCUAAGCAAGGCGACUAACAACUAUCAUGAUAGUCGAAUUCUUGGACUAGGUGUUGGGGUCCUGCUCCUUGGAGACCAAGGAAUUGAUUAUCGACAAGUUAUCUCCACACAAGGAGGGUUUGGCACAGUGUAUAAAGGAACCUUAUCAAACGGGGAAGUGGUUGCAAUUAAGAAGACCAAAGUAAUUGACAGGAAGCAAAAUGAGCAAUUCAUUAAUGAAAUUGUUGUUCUGUCACAAAUCAACCACAGAAAUGUGGUUCAGCUCUUGGGUUGUUGUUUAAAGAGCACUGUUCCUUUGCUCGUUUAUGAAUAUGUUACAAAUGGGACUCUUUCCCAACAUUUACAUGAUCGUGAGAAUCGACCGGAGUCCGUUCUUCUGAUGUGGGAAGACCGUUUGAGGAUAGCCGCAGAUGUUGCAGGAUCAUUAGCCUACUUGCAUGCUGAAGCCAUUAUACCCAUAAUUCACAGAGACGUCAAAUCCUGCAACAUACUUCUAGACAGUGAUUACAAAGCAAAAGUUUCGGAUUUCGGUGCUUCAAGGUUAAUUCCAAUCGAUCAAACUGAGUUAAAUACAUUGGUGCAGGGGACUUUAGAAUAUCUAGAUCCCGAGUACCACCUAUCAGACCAGUUAACGCAGAAAAGUGAUGUGUACAGCUUUGGUGUUCUUCUUGCGGAAUUACUGACAGGCAAUAAAGCAGCACUUACUUGA